UGACCCGCGGCGGCCAAUCGCAGUACAUCGCGGUGAACGAGCCCGACUCUCGUGACCGCGCACGUCUCGAUCGCUUUUAAUCGGGAGCGCGGACGUGCGCGUCCCCGCGUUGUCUUUGUGUGGCGGCGUAGAGAAGCGCAAUUACAAAAACCAUGGCCGACGAGAAACCCAAGGAAGGCGUAAAGACAGAGAACAAUGACCACAUCAACCUGAAGGUAGCAGGACAGGACGGGUCGGUGGUCCAGUUUAAAAUCAAGAGACACACACCCCUCAGUAAGCUUAUGAAGGCCUACUGCGAGAGACAGGGAUUGACGAUGAGGCAGAUUCGAUUCCGGUUUGAUGGACAGCCCAUUAAUGAAACAGACACGCCCGCACAGUUGGAAAUGGAAGAUGAAGACACAAUUGACGUUUUCCAGCAACAGACAGGAGGACUCAUCUAAAUCUGACUUUUCACCAAUCGCAAACCCUCUUCUUUCUCUCUCUCUCUCUCUCUCUCUCUCUCUCUCUCUCUCUCUCUCUCUCUCUCUCUCUCUUUCUCUCUUUCCCUCUUUCCCUCUCUGUCUCUCCAGAGCUCGCAUCAUCAUCAUCAUCAUAUGGUUAUCUGUAACUGCUGUUGUAUAGUGUUUUAGUUCAUAUUAUACUCUUUGUUUUGUACAUAAAGGAUUCCUGCUACAGUAAAUAUUACAUUGGGAUUGUUUGUUGCCUUGUAACAUCUGACAAGUCAAGACCCAGAGAUUUGGAGAACGAUAUCGGGUAAAAUCUGUGUAUAGACCAACUCUAACGAUUUUCACAGUUUUGAUUGUGUAGCUGCACCCAACAUCUGGUUCAGAUAUGAACACAGAGGCUUAUUUUUAUUUUAUUUUGAGAAAUCUUCUGUUAUACGUUCUGUUAUAGCAGACACAAACCUUCAGUUCAGAUCGAGUUCCUUUUGUCCGUUCAGAUAAAUUGGUUUUAAUUUGUUUUUUAUUCUAGUGGUCAUUUGUAGCGUGACACUCGAGUCAAACAUAUGUACUGUCAAAUCUCUUGUUAAAAUAAAUAUUCUCUUUUUAUCAAACUGUA